UUGUGCCUUUUUAUUAUUCUAUUUUCCAGACAAUUGAAGGAAGAAUUUUUCAGUCAGUGUCAUGCCUAAAGUUAAAAGCAACUUAAAGCUUGCACAGUGCAGGAGAAGCACACAGAGCAAUUUUCAAAGAGGCAAUAUCCCUUUACAAAUUGUUAACCAUGUCAAAAAAGAAUUCGGUCUUAGUUCAAAUAAGGAAAAAGCUGCUGGAAUGAAGAAAUACAUGAGAAAUAAAUUUAAGUUUUAUGGGCUUCAGGCAACAGAAAGAAGAACUAUAGAAAGACAGGUCAUGAAAAAUUACCCAAAACUGAAUGCAUCAUGCCUUUGGGAGGUGAUGAAGUUAGCUUGGUCACAGGAUCGCAGGGAGAUGCAAUACUUUGCUGUAGAGUGUGCGAUACGCAACAAAAACAUCCUCAGCAAAGACAAAACAACAUGUUUAGAGACUGUGGAAAACAUAAAAGACUUUCUUGUCAGUGAAAAGAGUUGGUGGGACACCGUUGAUAGCCUAAGUGGUGUUGUAGGCUUCUUGGUAAGCAAAUACCCUGCAGAUCUAAUACCAGUGAUGGACCAAUGGAUUGAUGAUAGCGAAAUGUGGCUGCGAAGAUCUGCUAUAUUGCAUCAGUUGAAAUACCGCAAAGAAACGGAUGAGGAUAGGUUAUUCAGGUACUGCUUACAAAGGGCUCAUGAAAAAGAAUUCUUUAUACAGAAGGCUAUGGGCUGGGCAUUGAGAACUUACUUUAGCACCAACCCCAGAUCUGUCAGAGCUUUCGUCAAGAAGAAUGAAUGUGUUUUGCCAAAACUGACAGUAAAAGAAGCCUUAAAGCAUGCCUAAAUUGCAUUUUUCUUUAUAAUUGCCCUCACAGUUUUUAAACAUUUAAAAAUACUUAUGUUAUCUUUUUAAGCAACUGAAUUGUAUACAAUAACACCAAACUCUACAACUGUUUUCUGUUUGACAUAUUGAGAUAUUUUAUUAGAUUUUAAUUUAAUGAAAAGGCUCCUAUGUCAACGAUGGUGUUAUUGUAAAAUAAAUGUAUUUUUAAAUAAUUAUAUAAUAAGCCAAUAU